GCUUACGUCAGACCUGCGUGCAAUGGUAGUUACAUCACGAGCCGGCUCCUUACUUCCUUCACACAGUACGUGCGAUCUGAAGACUCAUAAAACCUCUCCGGAUAUUUUAUUUAUAGGCGAUUCAAAUAGCGACAUACUCCUUAAAAACAGUCAAGAUGUCUAGUUAUGAUGAGAAUGAGUCCAAGUUCCUGCGCAAAGCAAAAGAGAAUCCAUUUGUCCCAGUGGGAAUGGCUGGGUUCUUUGCCAUUGUUGGGUACAGACUGCUGAAAAUGAAAAGUCGAGGAGAUACAAAAAUGUCGGUUCACCUGAUCCACAUGCGUGUAGCUGCCCAGGGCUUUGUGGUUGGAGCCAUGACUGUUGGGGUCCUGUAUUCGAUGUACAGAGACUACAUUGUAAAACCCAGAGAAGAACAGAAAGCAGUGGAACACAAGUGAACAUGGACUCAUACACAGAUAUUUUAUGUCCCUUAAUAUGACCGCAUAUUAAGGUGUGUAGAAAGUUUAUUUUUACAGAUGUGUCAUAAUUUUUGUAUGCACACAUCCCUUCAGCAGCUCACCUCUUCUGUAAAUAGUUAUAACUUAUUGAUUACACUUCCUCUCCUCUAACCUGUGGGUCAAGCUAUCACUUCUGUAUUGAGAAGGAGGUGUAUUGAUCUCAGCUGUUUUUACACUGGUUACACACUGUGUGUUUGCGGUUGUAAGUUUAUCUGACUUGACAUCUGGAUGAACAGGUGACAUUACUGAUGGAGUUUUGUUGCCUCUUAUUUCAAAGGUGUGUGAGUGAAAUAUAAAAAACUAGAAAAUCUAGCAGAUCAGUUGAAAACAGUAUGACUAGGGAUAGAUUGGUAGAUAGCCUGACCUUUUUCCCCUCUGUAAUUGAUUUAUUGUCUCAUACCUGCUAUAUUGUAUUUGCCAAAUUAAAAAUGCUUGCACCUUAGCCCACUUUUUAUAAAGGGCAUCCCAGUGCAUUAGGGGCAUGUAAUGGAAGGCUUUGACAACAUGUGGCCUACAGACAGGGCCUAUGCUUUCACAUUAUUUUAAUAACAAGGACACAAAUGCUUUUUGACUCCUUACAGUAUCAGAAUAUCCCACUAAACAAAUGUAUAACAUAAUCACAUAGAAAUAGGAAAAGGAACAAAAACCAUGAAACAAAACCAUAAAGGUCUGGUCGAUUUUAUUUAAUAGCCUUGAUUGUAAAGGCCAAGUCUUUUAUUUAAAACUUUUAUCAUUAUAGUGUGAUACACAGGGGUCCAAUGUUUUAUGUCAGCAGCUUCACAAGUCUUCAUGAGACAUAUGAGCUAAACUAACUGAGGUACACCAUAUGAUAAAAUAUCAUCAUAUAGCCUAUUUUGUGAUAUGCUUAAAUAGAUGCCUUGUUAAGUUAUUCACAAAGUUGAGUUUAAUGUUGUGUGCAAAUACAGAACGUUAUUUUUGAAACAUUGUUUCUUUGUUUUUUCUCUGGAAAUUUUUUUUGCCAGUCUCGUAAUUCUAAAAUGUUGUUGUGUAUACGUUUUGAAACCUCUCCAAGUUGCACUGAGAAUUUGUCCUAACUGUUGUAUCAUCAUGAACUACAGCCUCCAUAAUCACCAUUAAGUUCUCUACAAAUCUCUAAAACAGUUGCAACAAAAGGUGAACAUUAAAACAUAUAUGAUGGCAUUGAAGACUGCAUUAGUUUUAGUUAGGUUUACCUAACAUACUGGCAAUUAAGUGUAUAGUUUAUUACAAAUGAUGUUCUUGUAUGUUAGCUCAAACUUUCUUACUUGUAUCUCCUGAUAGUUGGAAAAUGUUUAGUGCUCACUUCAUUGUGCACCAGUUAGUGUCCAAAAAUUCCAACUAAUAAAACCAUUACACAUUUUGAACAUUACUCUAUCACUCCCAUCAAAUAAAACAGCUGAUUUCCA